CACCAUUCCCCUCAAACAUUUUCCCCCAAAUCGAAUUAAUCCCCACGAACACAGCCGCCCCCCUCUCCUCGAUCCCUCGAGCGCCGGCCACCGGCGAGGCGGCGCGAGCAGCGGCCGGUCCAGCCACCAUUGGGGCGGUGCGAGCAGCGGCGGUCCAGCCGCCGCUCCAGGGGAAGCAGAAGAGGGUGCUGUUCGACCAGGCCGAGCACGACAAGCUGCUCACGGAGGUGCAGAUCCGCGAUGACAAAUAUGACAAGGAGCAAGAAAGUCGCAGAUGGAUUGAUUGCUGCUUCGUCAAGCGGGAAAAGAAUAAAGGCCUCGCCCUGUCAACAAGAUUGUGUUACAGGUGCAUCAACUUAUGCAAAUGGUCAGGCAAACGCAGAGGCCUCACCCUGCCAACAAGCUAAAACAGAGGAGUGUUCAGAGCCAAAUCUUCCAGAGGACAUCUGGCAUCAUAUACAUUCCUUAAUGCCAUUGAAAGAUGCUGCCAGAGCCGCCUGCCUGUCGCGGUCCUUUCUGUCUUCCUGGAGAUGCCAUUCGAUCCUCAUUUUGAACAGGGAAGCAUUUGGGUUGGACGUAUGUGCGGAUUACAAGGAAACAACUAGAGCUUUUAGAAGCAAAAUUGACCACAUUCUGGAAAACCACUCGGGCACUGGCGUGAGAAUACUGAAACUUUGGUUUGUUCCAAAUGACAAAGCGAAGGACCGUGAUUAUAUCAACAAAUGGCUUCAUAAGGCUGUUAAACCAGGAAUUGAAGAACUCACCCUUUCUAUCUCUAUGAGCAACAAACGCAAAUACGAGUUCCCGUGCACACUUAUAUCAAAUGGGCUGGGAAACUCGCUUCGGUGUCUUUACCUUUCCAGUUGUUCCUUUCAUCCUAUGGCUGGGCACUGUCGCUUGAGUAGCCUGACGAAACUAGAGCUGUUAAGGGUGGGUAUUACGGGGGACGAGCUAAGCUGCCUUGUUUCCAGUUCUGCAGCUUUAGAGCAGGUUUUACUCAGGGAUUGCAGUAAGGUAGACUGCUUGAGGAUACCUUGCCAUCUUGAGCGGUUAAGCCACUUGAAGGUGUUACGUUGCGGCGAGCUGCGGUUGAUAGAGAGCAGAGCUCCAAAUCUCUCCAGUUUUCAGUUUAAAGGUAACCUCAAAGUUCGAGUCUCACUUGGAGAAGCAUUGCAAGUGAAGAACUUAUUAGUGAACAGCACUGAAACGAUCUGUUACACUCGAGCAGAGCUGGUGUCCAGCAUGGCAAGCAGGGAGAUGGUCUCACCAACGGUACCUAUUAAACUUGCUGGCCUGAAUUCUGUGAGUAUCUAUCUUGAAGAUUUGCUCUUUGGUCGGACCUUUGAUUGUUCUUCUCUGGCUUCUAUCUUUGGCGCUUCUCUUUCCUUGGAGACUUUCAUCUCGCAUGUAUCCAAUGAACUCAUGCAGCAUGUGCUUGUUUUCGAGGGCGUUGUGUCCCCAAGGAAUAAGAGUCAUGUUGAGCUAGCCUGUCAUGUUCUCAGGGCCUGGUUGAGCUAACAUGCCCCAGUCUUGGGAGUGCAACGACGUCACAUGGACAUGUCGAUGCCAAACUAUUUAAGUAAUGAACAUGCAUAGAGCACUCUGCAGUUGAAAAAGAAAUCAAGGCCAAGUCUACUAUCCUUAGUUUACGGAGUCUGGCGCAGUCGAUCUGAUGUUGAACAAUGAUGUCAAGUAUUAGUAUGCUAUAAUUAUAUUUGGUUAUGAAGUUGUAGCUGGAUCUUGUUUCCUUAAAUUAAUAUUGGACUGGUGAUUGUUUUAGUUGA